CUCGGCCACGGGGCCAGCCCCUACUUGUAUUACGUUUUUUAAAAAAAAACUAUGUAUGUAUACAUGAGCUAAAGCAUUUAAAAUUGAAAAUAUUUCCUGAAAUUAUGAAUAAUCUUUUAAAAGAGACAAAUUGAUUAAUUGGUGACAAGGAGUAAAAAUGAAUUCUUAAUUCCUCUUCUCUCUGGGGGCUGAAAUAGGCAGUGGUACUCAAACGGAUGGCAACACACAAGAGUCCCUUGCAGACCAUGAUCUUUUGCAGGAACACAGAAAUGUCUGAGUGAUACAACGGACAGAAGUGCCAAAUGUUGGUCUUCCCAGCCUAUCAGUGGUCGCUCCGUUCUCUGCAUUUUCAGGUUUCACUGCAGGAAGCAGGGUACGUCCACACCGCCACCAGAGUUCACCAGGAAUGUGGGGCAGCCUGUACCCAAGAGGCAUGGAGGGCCAAAUCCGUGUUGGCCUGCUCUUCGGAGAGCAGCGUGGUGCUGUGUGGACCACACCAUUCCUGACAAACAGCUCCAGGGGCGCUGUGAGACCGAGGGCCCCUUGGGCCAGGCGCGUGCUCCAUGUGCUCUGGGAGGACGGGCUCUCCCGACUCCCUUCAGGAGCUGUGGCAGCCUGUCAAGGGGUCUGUCUGCAGCCAGGAGAACGCUCAAUGGCUUCGGACACACAGAGGUCCACAGGGAUGGACUUGGCUCCCUCAGGCCAAGAGAGGAAGGUUCCGGCAGCCUCCCCGUGGGCCUUCCUCAGAUUCUCCAGUGGGCAGGUGGCCUCCUCCGGGGCCAUCCUUGGGCUCUCCGGCAGGCAGCCUCAGCACGGGCCUUCCUCAGGCUCUCCGGUGGGCAGGCAGCCUCGUCCGGGCCUUCCUCGGGCUCUCCCGCGGGCGGCCUCCUCCUGGGCCUUCCUUGGGCUCUCCCGCGGGCGGCCUCCUCCUCCUCCUGCCGGGCCUUCCUUGGGCUCUCCCGUGGGCAGGUGGCCUCGUCCGGGCCUUCCUCGGGCUCUCCCGCGGGCGGCCUCCUCCUCCUCCUGCCGGGCCUGCCUUGGGCUCUCCCGUGGGCAGCCUCCUCCCGGGCCUUGUGGACUCUGGGAAGGUGGUGCCGUGGAUGUGGGAGGCAGCGACCUCGAACAGCCCAGGUGCAGCCCCCACCCCGACAUCGCGGGGUCCAUACAGACCACAGGGUCCAGGGGCAGUGGCUGUCUGUCCUCCGGGUCCGGCGUCGCACGAGGGCAUAGGCAGCCCCCUGAAGGCUGGCGGUGCGGGAGGCGCGAGGGUCCUGAGGUGGGCUCACCACAGGACGCCAUGUCGCCGGCCCGCUGGCCAGGUCACCCUCGUCCCGCCCGGUUGGAGUCCAGCGGCCGCCGUGAGGAGGUGUCUCUGCCCUCGGAGCUCGCAGUCAGCACAGGGCGACGUGCGGCCGGGCCGCAUGCGACCCACGGGCAGCGGCACUCGGCCCCUGCUGGCCCGCCGAACUCCCGACAGUCUCCGGGGCAGGCUGGCAAGCACAGGGAGACGCCCCGCCCCGCGCCGGAGACGAGGCCGAAGGCAGACGUGCCGCGCGCCGCAGCCCGAGGGCGGGGCCUCCGCAGCAGCCCGCCAGGGGCCGUGGGCGGGGCCUGCGCGCGCCCGAGCGCUGCGGCGUCAGCCUGUGGCGGCCGCGGCCUGGCCCAGCUCCUGCCCGGUCCCUGCUCACUACCGUCUUCCCAGUCUUCAGCGUCUUCAGCGCGUUCCUGCGGCUUCGGCUGCCGCCCAGCCCUGUCCCGCCGCCGCCUUUUCGGACGUCUCGGCCCAUGGCGGACCCGGCCGGGUCCCAAGGUGCACGAGGCGCGCAGGCGACUUCCCGGGCAGCGCCCGAGGCCCCGCCUCUCCCAGGGGCGGGCGUCUGGCGCGCGGGUGCUGCGCAGGCGCAGUGCGGAGCCUCGUGGCCCCGAGUAGCUCGCGCGGCGCCCUCAGGGCCGGCGUCGAGGGUGGCGGCGGCGUGGCUGUGCCCGGAGGCCCGCCUGGUCUUUCCCGUUUUAGGAUUGAUUCGGCAGUCGCUCCACAAGUUCCCACGGCCCUGCCACUGGCUUCUGGCCACACCCUCCCUCCGGCCACCGCCCUCCGGACCGUGGCUGCGCCUGACGCUGCGGGUGAGGGCCUCAGUCUCCCCACUGCCCCGCCAAGCGGGAAGGCCCCCGCGGCUCGCCUCUGCAGCGGCCACAGCCCGGAAGGGCCAGCGUGGCCCGUGGUCAGCUUCUGGAUUGGCCUGGGGGCUCGGCCUUUGGGGUGGGCCUCUGGGGUCACCUGCAGGUCAGCCUAGGGGGGUGGGGCUCCAUGGUCGCCUGCAGGU